CGAACGCUUGAACGCUUGAACUUCGAACGCAUGAACGUAUUUAGCUAACAAACAUACCUGUAUAACUUUAACUGCGUUUAUCUACCUCUUUAUUUUCGCUGUCACAUUUUCAGCUUUUCUGAGAAUAAAUUGAAUGAAUGCAGUGAAGUGAGGUGCUAAGAACCACAAAUACAAUGCGCAACUGCUGAUGAAGAAUCUAAUGGAGCAAAAAAGUCGUUGGGAUUCUAGAAAAAAUUGAGCAUGCGCUUCUGAGACAACAGGUCACUUGACACGAUCAUGAGAGCGAUGGCGACAUAAAAUCAAGUUAAAAGCGGUCUCUCCUCUUGUCUUCACGACAAGGUCGCUCUACAGGUUGGUCAAAAUGUAUGCCCUGUACAUUGUGAGUGGACUGCUGGCACUGGUAGCAAGCAAACCCUGUGAUCCUAUAGGAUCGGAACAUAGUGAGCUGCUCCUCUCACUCAAUAAGAAGCUGCUGCGUUCUCUGGAGGACCAGGAAACAUCCCCUAAUCCGAGUGUGCACCUGGCCCUGCGUCUGUCCACUCACCACAACCUUGGCAAGGAGAGUGAUCACCUGAAUGCACUCAAAACAGAUUUACACAAUGACAUUGAGAGCUCUCUGGCUAAUAGCCAGCCAGUGGUGGGUCUCCUGGCCCUUUACACUCUGGCCCUGAAGGCCUCCUGCUAUGAUCUCAACACCCUGACCUUCACCGUCAACCAGAGGAGCGAGACCCUGCUGACUUAUCUCAAGAGACAGAUGGCACUGGAGAAAGAGCACAUCACCUUCAGUCACCGUCCUCUGACAAAUUACUACCAGUACUCUCUAGGCGUGCUGGCACUGUGUGUGAGUGGAGUUAGAGUCAACUCUCACGUGAGCAAGAAGCUCGUCGGGGCUGUAGACCAUGGACAUAUCAAACACGGAGACUCCGAUUGCAUCGACACGUUUGCCAUGGCUGGAAUGGCCCUACAGUGCCUGAAGGAGUCUGACACUCAGGUGCAGGAUGCGGCUCUUGACAAGGCCCUGGGCGUCAUCAAGCAGAAGCUACUGGACUCCCGGCGGGCUGAUGGUCACAUGGGAAAUGAGUUCAGCACAGGCCUGGCAGUGCAGGCCUUGCUGGCUAUGGGCAGCCAGGUGCAGGAGUGUUCUACCUCAAUGGAAGCCAUGAGGUCAGAUGUGAGGAAGGGAACAUAUCGCAACCCCAUGGCCAUGUCACAAAUUCUGCCUGCCCUCCAGCAAAAGACCUAUCUGCAAGUCAAGGGAAAGCAGUGCCGCAAUGAGGAUGACAGCCUGGUCCUGGAAGCCAGGCAGCCAGUGAUGGUGUUACAGAGCAAUACCAAAGUAGCCCUCAAGUUGGAGGUGGUCAAAUCACAUGGGGCUCCUGAUGUCUAUUCUGUUGACGUGCCAACGGGCACCUCGUUGGUUUAUGCCCUUGAACUCCUUCAAAAGAAGAACAUUGGCUUCACGUUUGAGAAGGAGACCAGCCUGUGGGGACCCUUCCUGAGCGUGGUGAAUGGGGAACGGGCUCGACAGACCGACCGUAGAUACUGGCGCCUCUCCUCAGACGGCAACGCUCUCAGCCAGGGUAUCAAAGACUUCAAGAUUGAGACGGCUCAAAAGAUCACCCUCGAAAACACCAGCUACUGAGAAUCAAGAUGUUUGAGGCACAGUGAUUGAAAAGGUGUCAUGUCAAAUUAUCUGAUGAAAGCAAUACAGCACAACAAUGUGAUUUAUAGUGUCAUGUACUAGGAUAUUUUGGAGUAAAAAAAUUGUAGAGAUCUUAGGAUUCUCAAAGGUUUGCAACAACUUUUAUGGACUUGAUUAAUUUCCCCAGUGAAUAUGAAUAGUUAAUUUUAGACUCAUGACUUUCUUCACUUUUACCUCUAUGGAUUAAAAACACAUUUUGAAUUAACAUUUAUAGAGAAUAUAAUUGCCUUUUUAUACUUAACAUUUCAUAAUCAUUUUUUGUUAAUGUAUGGUUUAAACGUUUUGCAUUUAAAUAAACAAGAUAAACCUUUGGCUAUA